ACUUUUUUCCCUCGCUUUCUCCAUUCUACCUAGCCCUUCGGAGGGAAAGGGCGCAUGCUCCGGCGCUUUAACAGCGGCUCAACCGCUAUUUAGGUUGCUUUCCAGUAGAUGAGAGGAAGACGGGAAAGGAGGGGCCAGUGUAGUGUUGCUUUUACGGCAGACGUAAGUGAAGGCGUGGAGCUGGCGCGACAGAAGCACGAAGCGGAGGAGGUGGAGGAGGCGGCGGCCGCACUGGCGGAGGGGCUCCGGCUCUGCCCACUGGCCGGUUCGAGCUGCGAGAUGAGGCCACAGCAGCCACCUGUUGCUAGCAAGGUCUUUGUCCAGCGGGACUACAGUAGUGGCACCAGGUGCCAGUUCCAGACCAAGUUCCCUCCAGAACUGGAGAACCGGAUUGACAGGCAGCAAUUUGAAGAAACGGUGCGAACGCUAAACAAUCUUUAUGCAGAAGCAGAGAAGCUUGGGAGCCAAUCUUAUCUUGAAGGUUGCCUGGCAUGUCUGACUGCCUACACUAUAUUCUUGUGCAUUGAGACACAUUAUGAAAAGGUUCUAAAGAAAAUUGCCAAGUACAUUCAGGAACAAAAUGAAAAGAUUUAUGCCCCACAGGGACUCCUCCUGACUGACCCAAUUGAGAGAGGACUAAGAGUUAUUGAAAUUACCAUUUAUGAAGACAGAGGUGUGAGUAGUGGAAGAUAAGUCUGAGGCAUCCAAGGGUCCAGUAUGUUCCAGAAAGUUCCCUUACUUCAGCUCUUAAUGCAUCAUUCCUCUCUGCCACCGCCAAAUCUAUGGUGCCAUCUACCACAUGGACUAACUUCUUGAAAUCCUGCUCCCUUAGAAGCUACAUGCUGGCCAGCCCAGCAUCCAUUUUGUGUCAUCAUGGUAAGCCUUAAGUGGUGAUGUUGUCCAAAUCACUAGACUUCUCCUUGGAAGCCAGCAGCUCUGAUCAAUCUGUGUGGAAUCUAUAAAGAAUCUCCUGAGAACAGUGUGGUUUUGAGGGUUCUUUUGUCUGCUGCAUUCACAAUGUGGCAGCUGCAAACCGCCUAAGCAACUGAGCUUCUGAAAAUGCAGCUUCACUCACUUGAGCCUCAGGAUGGUGUACCUCCAGUUGUUCAAAAUGACUCAAGACAAAGGAGUUGAAGGUUGGCAAGAAAAAAAAAACUAUUGGAAAGGGCUACCUUAAUGCUUAUGUAAGAGCUGGUGUAAUCUGUGGAACACUUGAGCCUCUUGCUUCAUCUUUCCAGACCUGAGAGUGCAGACCGUCCAUUGCUUCUUUUGUUAGAUGUGAGGAUGUGCAAUGACUAAAAUGGAUGCUGUACCAGUAAACGUAACCAUCCCUGCUCUCCACUCCUUCUCAGUGUUGAAUGUGUAAAAUAGGUAAUACAUGGCUUUCUCAACUUUGUUAUAAGUUCAGUUCUUAGGGCAAGCUGGUAGCUCAACUACGAAUGGUGUUCUGAUAGCACUUCAUCUCUUCCCACAAACUUCUGAAUAGUACAUCUCUGCAGUAUAUGGUAGUACUUCCACUUGAGUUCAACAUUCCUCCAGAAAUGCUUGUGAAAACGUAUGGAACAUUAGUCUUUGAAGUAAAUACCUUCUGCUAAAUCGAGUUGGUUUGAUAAAUUUUGUGCUUUUUUUGUUAAUUCCUUCUUUCUGGUCGCUUUGGUGUAUAUGCUUGAGUAGAAGCUAGCAGAUUCACUCUGCUGCUUGGAAUCACUUUUUCUUCCCAUGCCCAGGUACUUAACAGACUUAGCAAACAAGAAAACUUUCAAAACAGAAUAUUUGACCUAUGAGUGAUAGAAGAGAUGCCAAUAUCAAGAUCUUCAAGCUGAUUAUUCUUCAAUUCUGCUCCUUGACAAUUUCUUUACUUUCCCUUCUAGAAAUCUGUUCAAUAUUUUCAUUGUAAAAUACUUGUUUUUCUAAUCAGUAACAGUGUUUUGCCUUUUGCACCCGUUACAGUUGUUUUUUCCAGAAACUAAUUAAUGGAUUAGUAAUGUUUUUCUUAAAUAAACUGUCAUUUACUAUCA